CAGGAAACAAAGGAGAGAGCAGAAAAGACCAGUUUUUGCCUCGGAAAAGAGCACAACACUCAGCUCCAAUUCCUCUAUAAUUCUGUGUAUUUCUAGUUUUAAUCCCAAGAAAACCAAAAAGAAAAGAUAAAUUAUUGUGCGCAAAAAGGACUACAUGGUGUGUGUGUGUGUGUGUUUGAAUACUGUUUUGGGUUACAUGAAUAGGAGAGAAGUUGCCAAAUAUCCCAUAAAAGACCAUGCCAACCCUUCUUUUCUAGCUAGCAUGCACACAUGGCCUCAUCUUCUCGCAAAAUCCACAAUGGUUAUGACUAUUCAUGCCCUUUAGAAGGAGGUGAGGAAGACAGAGAGUGGCUUCAGCUAGGGUUAGGGUUAGGGAUUAGUAGAAUCACAACACCACCAACAACAUGCAGGAAGCAAGAGAACAAUAUUAUUGAAAAAUCAAAAUACACUGUUCCAGGAUCUGCAGUUUCUUCUUCUUCGGUACAUUUUCAAGCUCACCAGCAAAUAGGCCACUCCUUAGGAUUAGAGUUAGGGUUAGGAGUUGUAGGGCUCAAUGGUGGUAGUGGUGGUGUCAGGAGGGACAAAGAUGUGGCGCCGCUUAGUAAUUACUGUCACAAAAGCAGCCUGUGCCAAGACAACCAAGGUCAAGAAGAUCAUGAUUAUAAUCUUGAUUUAACAGCAAGGUUAUCAUCACCAUCAUGCCCAUUGCACAUGAUUUCAAGUAGUAGUACUGGCUUCCUUGGCUGGAAAAUGCCGGUUUCCAAUGUUUCCCAUAAUUGCUCUUCAUUGCUACCACCACCACCGCCUCUUUUUUCUCCCACAACAACCAUAACUACAAGACCGCACUUUGCUGGAUUGUGGUUUACCCUCAGCUCCUCUAUCAACCGGGAAGGAGAAGCACUACCUCAAAUACCAAAAGCGUACAUAAGAGUGAAAGACGAGAGCGUGACUGUUUUCAUGGUUAAGAAGUACCUGGUUAGAAAGCUUGGUCUCUCUAACGAAGAUGAGAUUGAAAUAUCAUGCAUGGGGCAGAAACUGAUGCAUGCACAGACAUUGAAGCAAGUGAGAGAUGCUAUUUGGCUGCCUGGACUUGUUGAUUCUGUAAAUUCAACAACCAUAUCACUUGAAAACUCACUGAUCAAUGGCUCGAUUUUGCAUCAAUUGUUGUCUUUGCAAUAUCAUGUACCAUGUGAUGUCUAGUGCUAGGGUUUCAUUAAAUGCCUAACAUGUAUUGAUCUCUCCUCGGGAUCCACCAAGAUGUAUAAAAUUACGACAACAUGUGUAAUCUAAAAUGCAUAUUCUGCACUUGAACCAUUAAUGACAAUAAUAUUGUGUUGUUAUCUUAUA